AUGGCUUCCGAAGAAGACGUGUGGGAGCUCGCCGACGACGGCUGCUACGUUGCCCUCACAAGAGACCCGUUAAACGCCCAAGCCGUCAUGGACCGGGUCCGAAGUCCUGCAGCCGGCGCCACGGUCCUUUUCGCAGGCACGACCAGGGACAACUUUGCCGGCAAGCCCGUCAAGGAGCUCCAGUACACGGCCUACAACAAGCUCGCGCUGAGGACGAUGCUCGCCAUCGCCAGGGAGCUGGGGCCCAAGCACGGGCUCAAGGGCGUAGCCAUGGUUCACCGGCUGGGCACGGUGCCGGUCGGCCAGGAGAGCAUCCUCGUCGCCGUCUCGUCGCCCCACCGGCAGGCUGCGUGGCGGGCCGGGCAGGAGGCCCUCGAGGAGUGCAAGGCGCGGGUCGAGGUGUGGAAGAGGGAGGAGUUUGAAGGCGAGGCGGGCGUCUGGAGGGCGAAUCGCGACGGCGCGACGGGGGAGCAGGUGAGCUCGGGGCAUCCGCCGACGUGA